CUAAGAGGCUUUGUCUUGCGCUUUGGCGUGGACGCUAUCUUCUCCACGUUAUCCAUUCCCCAUUAUUCUCGUAGUUUCAAUACUAAACCAUGUCUGCCUUUGUAGGAAAAUACGCUGAUGAACUUAUCAAGACAGCCAAGUACAUAGCCACUCCUGGCAAGGGCAUUCUGGCCGCCGAUGAGAGCACCGGCACCAUCGGCAAGCGCCUCGCGAGCAUCAACGUCGAGAACAUCGAGUCCAACCGCCAAGCCCUCCGCGAGCUCCUCUUCACGGUUCCAAACGCCCUCUCCUACCUCUCCGGCGUCAUCUUCUUCGAAGAAACACUCUACCAGAAGACGUCCGAUGGCAAGCCCUUCGUCCACGUCCUUCUCGAGAACUCGGUCAUCCCCGGCAUCAAGGUGGACAAGGGCACCGUGGACAUCGCCGGCACCAACUCAGAGACCACCACCCAAGGAUUUGACUCCCUUGGGGCCCGCUGCCAGCAAUACUACAAGGCCGGAGCUCGCUUUGCCAAAUGGAGGGCCGUCCUGAAGAUUGGGCCCACGGAGCCAUCGGAGCUGGCCAUCCAGCAGAAUGCUCAGGGGCUGGCACGGUAUGCCAUCAUAUGCCAGGAGAACGGGCUCGUGCCGAUCGUCGAGCCGGAGGUCCUCACCGACGGCAACCAUGACAUCAAGAAGUGUGCGGCGGUGACGGAGAAGGUGCUCGCCGCCGUCUACAAGGCACUGAAUGAUCACCAUGUGCUACUUGAGGGUACCCUUCUGAAGCCCAACAUGGUGACGCCUGGCUCGGACAGCCCAAAGGUGAGUCCUGAAGUGAUAGCCGAGUACACGGUUGCAGCACUCCGGCACACCGUUCCUCCGGCCGUUCCCGGGAUCGUGUUCCUAUCUGGUGGGCAGAGUGAGGAAGAGGCUACACUGAACCUUAAUGCCAUGAACAAGCUGGACGUGCUGAAGCCAUGGACUCUAUCCUUCUCAUUUGGACGGGCCCUCCAGCAGAGCACAAUCAAGAAGUGGGCUGGCAAGAAGGAGAACGUCGCAGCGGCCCAGAAGGCAUUCCUGGUAAGGUGCAGGGCCAAUUCGGAGGCUACGCUUGGGAAGUACACUGGUGGAAGUGCUGACGCAGCGGCUUCAGAGAGCUUGUAUGUCAAGGGAUACAGAUACUAGCUAGUGUGGCUUCCAUAUGUGCUUGCAUCGUUUGGAUGUCUCUAAUUCUCCUCCUUAAUUAACCAUAUUGCUACAUGUUUGGAGCGGUUCAUGUGUAUUUCGAACUGUUCAUAGAUGUAACUUUUGCUCUCUGGUCUUUUCACUUGGCUAUCGGAUUGUUUGUUUAUUAAUUUAAGAUCAUUUCUUGCUUUUGGUUUAGCCUAAUCAA